AUGGAUACUCUUGGACCUCGCAUAAUGGUAAAUGUUGGCACUCAAGCUGUUUCAAAUACUGGACUUAAUCCACGAGAUUUAGCUCCAUUAACAAACGAUGCAUUUCUUGCUACAUUCAUGGGUAAAACAUCAUUAUCAGCAAGUAAUGGUAUAUCAAGACAACAUAAUAAUUAUCGACAAUCAUAUACAACACAAAUGGAACGUGUAACAAUUCGUUCUAAAACACGACCAUCAACAUCUAAUGGUGAAACCAUUGAACCAGAUUCAGCUAUUUUAUCAAUUAUUCGUGGUAAUGGAUCAGAUAAUAAUCAACAACAAACAUCUCAACGACAAUUACAAGGUAAUCAUAAUCGCCGUCGUUCAUUUAAUCAACAACAACAACAACAACGACUUUUGACUGGUUGGAAUGAUAUACCUUGUUCACCAAAUUAUCGACCAACAAAUGAUUCAAAUCGUCAACGUCGUACACGUUCUGGUGGUGCACAACAACAAAUAACUGUUGUUGAUCAAAUGGCUGCCCAGCCACAUAUUCCUUAUGCUAUUUUACCAAAACGUUUUGAACCUAAACAAGUACCAACAAAUAGUCUUCAACAACAAUCACGUUCAUCAAAUAAUAACAAUAAUAAUCGUCGUCGUCCAGCUGCUCCUCGACGUUCACAACGACAACAAGGUUAUUAUGAUGAUCAAUGGGAAGAUGUCGAAGAUGAUGUAUGGCCUGAAUCCAUGACACGUCAACGAUUAAAUCGACCACCGAAUCGAACUUUUGGUCAAACUACUGCUUAUCAUGGACAACGUCAACGUUUAAAUGAUUAUUAUGAUUCAUAUUCAUAUGGUCCAAUGUCUCGACAAGGACAAGCUUCAAUUCGUCCACGUCAUCGUAUGAUGUAUCAAGAUGAUGGUUAUAUUCCAUUUGAUAUAGUACCAUCAUAUGAUCUUAAUGAAUGGCAAGGCCCAUAUGCACGAUCAAGACAAUCAUUAUAUUCGCAACAACAACGUGGUGGAUUUCGUUUUGGACGUAAUGAUGAUGGCUUUAUUCGUGAUGAUCAUCGUAUAAACUAUUCAUCAAAACAAACACGAAAUAAUAAUAAACCAUUAACACCAACACGUAAUGGUAAACAAACAAAAUCACCAAAAAAUAAUAAAGGACAACAAAAACGUCAUAAUUCACGACCACGUAAACAACGAAAUCAAAAUUCCAAAAGUGAAGGAACACUAUCAACAAACACAAAUGAAUUAAAACCAAAAACAACUGAAAAUGAAACUACAAAUGAAGAUAAAGAAAAACAAGAAACAGCAACAACAACUGAAACUGAAGUAAAACCAUUACCAUCAAGUGAUAAUGAAAAUAAAGAAAUAGAUGAUGAAAAACAAACAGAAUAA